AUGAGAAUUAUUGAUAACCAAUUCGAUCUCUAUCUAUCUAUCUAUCUAUCUAUCUAUCUAUCUAUCUUUUUGCACCUCCAUAUAACUGAAUCUAUUCACAUCUAUCUAUCUAUCUAUCUAUCUAUCUAUCUAUAUCAAUCUGUUCACAUCUAUCUAUCUACCUUGCUCUUCGGAUCUCAUGACGUCGGCACAUACCAUCCACCAAGGUCCAGUUCCAGUCUCAUUGACAUUGAUGCAAUCGCCGUAGCAGCGGGAGUAACCACAACCACCACCACAGUUUCCUUAGCAGCCGUAGCGCAGAUUCAUCGUUCGCCCACUUUUUGUCCGCUGAAUGGCACUUUUUCUUUAACUAUCUGUCUGUCUCUCUUUCUCUAUCUAUCUAUCUAUCUAUCUAUCUAUCUAUCUAUCUAUCUAUCUAUCUAUCUAUUGAUGUUCAUAUCUAUCUAUCUAUCUAUCUAUCUAUCUAUCUAUCUAUCUAUCUACUCCCCACCAUCACACAAUUAG